UGCACCAUUUGGGUGUCCUCAUAGCUGCCUGAAGAAAACCUGUAAAUGUCUCUCGCAGCAGCGCCGGUUCUGCCCUUCACUGCUCCUCACAUGCUAAGUUGCGGCGUGUCAGGACGUUUACAGAUCUUUAAUGCAGCUUUAGCAUUUAUCACGCCCGCUGUUUCUGUUCGGUGUUUUUAAUCGCGUCGGGGGUAAUUGCGGUAAUGGAGUGUCGUGUGUUGUCCAUUCAGAGUCAUGUUGUCAGGGGAUACGUAGGGAACAAGUCGGCAACAUUCCCGCUGCAGGUGCUGGGCUUUGAAGUGGACUCCAUCAACUCUGUGCAGUUCUCCAAUCACACAGGCUACGCCCAUUGGAAAGGACAAGUGCUGACUGCAGAGGAGCUAAACGUGCUGUAUGAGGGCAUUAAGCUCAAUAAGGUGAACCACUAUGACUACAUCCUCACCGGCUACAGCAGGGACACAUCCUUCCUGGAGAUGGUGGUUGACAUUAUUCAGGAGCUGAAGAAGGCCAAUCCCAGCCUGGUAUAUGUUUGUGAUCCUGUUAUGGGAGACCACGGUGCUAUGUACGUUCCAGAGGUCCUGCUGCCGAUCUACAGGGACAAAAUUAUGCCUUUGGCUGACAUCCUCACCCCCAACCAGUUUGAAGCAGAGCUGUUAACUGGGAUGAAAAUGAACACAGAGGAAGACGCUUUUAAGGUGAUGGACUUACUUCAUAAAAUGGGUCCAGAGACUGUGGUCCUCACAAGUACAGACCUGCCCUCAAAACGUGGGGACCAGUUCCUGCUGGCCCUUGGGAGCCAAAAAAGAGUGAAACCAGAUGGGACCAACACCAGUCAGAAAAUCUGCAUGGACAUCCCCAAAGUGGAUGCUGUAUUUGUGGGGACAGGAGACCUAUUUGCUGCCAUGUUGCUAGCCUGGACUCACCAUCACCCAGGAGACCUGAAGGCUGCCUGUGAGAAGACUGUUUCCGUCAUGCACCAUGUCAUUAAGAGGACCAUUACUUAUGCCACUGAGAUGGCUGGCCCUGGGAAAAGGCCCACUCCUGCUCAGCUGGAGCUGAGGAUGGUUCAGAGCAAAGCCGACAUUGAGAAUCCUGUCAUUGUAGUGGAAGCUAAGGUUUUACAGACGUCUUCACAGUGAAGAAUCUUUUCAUGAGAGGGGUCAGCAGGAUCUGUCGUACUGGAAUCACUGCCAUACGCGUCUGUACUAUGGCCUGUGUAGACAUCAUCUGCCCUUCAACAGAGGAAGAAGGAAAGACAUGAGCUGAGUUUAGGUUUGAAGUUAAUUUACUUUUUGUACUUGAAUCCCCCCUAACAUGGUGGAAAUCAUUUCAUAAAACCACACACGUCAAUCAAGCUAAUUAUAAAAGACACAAAACCAGUGAUGCAUGCUUGACCAGACCUUGUUUAGGUCAUGAUGGUCCAUAACGACUGGUCUUGUGUACUUUAAGUGUGUCACUCACAAGGCAUUAUAAGCACAUAUCUAUAACAUAGCAUGAUGUGUUAGGCCAGGACAGGACUAAGAAAAUCUGGUGAGCAUAUAAUUUCUUAGCAAUGAUGUCAGAUUCACAAGAUUUUAUUAGAUUAGUAGUUAUCUGAAAUAAUAAAAUAUGAAUGUCUGCAGUGUGCUUAUAAUGUACUUGGGUGCUUUGUCAUGCACUUUAAGUAAAGUGACAGCACCUUCAUACAUGCAGCACUGACACACAAGUGCUGAGGUGUGUGUUGUAACUCCACAGAAAUAUUAAACAUCUUAUGCAAUUUAUAUGUAGUCUACACAGAGUCGUUAACACAAAUUAGUUUCACCCAAUUUCGCUUGGAACUAUUUGUAACUUGAAUGAUGAUCACAAUAAUAGUUCAUGUUUAAAUUUGUUCUUUUAAUCAGUUUGUCCAGAAAAUGUUUUUGAUCUCCUUUUUUUAAUUAUGCAUUGCUUCCUUAAACUAGCAGAUGUGUAAUCCGUUAUUCGAUGUCUCUAACAUCUCAAAUUGAGGUAUUUGCACAGAUAAUCUUUUAAUAUAUUUACUAAUGGUCAUUGUUUUCAUUUUUAACUGUUGGCAUAUCUAAACAAAAUAGUCUGUAUGAGAGACCAUGCUGUAUAAUAGCCUUAACAGGAACACUGAAUGUUUUUGUGUACCAAUGUAAUAGUUGAUCCUCACGCAUAAUGUUAGAAAAGUCAAGUGCCAAAUCUUGAGCUGCUGCUCUGAUAUAGAGCGAUUAUAACAGAAAACAGAAAAAUAAUAAAUUAUAACUCUUUUACUGAAA